UUCCUGACACAGACUACACCCAGGGAACGAGGAGCAAGCGCCAUGUUGAAGCCAUCACUACCACUCAGACCCUUCUUAUUUCUGCAGCUGCCUCUGCUGGGGGUGGGGCUGAACCUGAUGGCCCUCACUCCCAAUGGGAAUGAAGACAUCUCAGCUGAUUUCUUUCUGACCUCUGUGUCCCCUGGGUCCCUCAGUUCUUCUACUCUGCCCCUCCCAGAGGUUCAGUGUUUUGUGUUCAAUGUCGAGUACAUGAAUUGCACUUGGAAUAGCAGCUCUGAGCCCCAGCCUACCAACUUGACUCUGCGCUAUUGGUACAAGACCUCUGAUAAUAAAGUCCAGGAAUGUGGCCACUAUCUAUUCUCAGAAGAGAUCACUUCUGGCUGUUGGUUUCGAAAAGAGGAGAUCCGUCUCUACCAAACAUUUGUCGUCCAGCUCCAGGACCCAAGGGAAUCCAAGAGGCAGGCUGUGCAGAUGCUAAAACUGCAGGAUCUGGUAAUCCCCUGGGCUCCGGAAAAUUUAACACUUCGAAACCUGAGUGAAUCCCAGCUAGAGCUGACUUGGGACAACAGAUACUUGGACCGUUGUUUGGAACAUCUGGUGCAGUACCGGAGUGACCGGGACCGCAGCUGGACUGGACAAUCAGUGGGCCACAGAAAUAGUUUCUCUUUGCCUAGCGUGGAUGCGCAGAAACUCUACACGUUCCGUGUUCGGAGCCGCUAUAACCCACUCUGUGGCAGUGCUCAACAUUGGAGUGAAUGGAGCAACCCAAUCUACUGGGGGAGCAAUACAUCAAAGGAGAAUCCUUCGUGGUUUAUAUUGAAAGCUGUGCUUAUCUUCCUUGGCUCCGCGGGUUUGUUUAUUUGCCUCAUCUUUGUGUAUUGCUUGCUGGAAAGGGCAAUUCCCCAAAUUCCCACCCUCAAGAACCUGGAGGACCUGGUUACUGAAUACCACGGGAACUUUUCGGCCUGGAGUGGUGUGUCUAAGGGACUGGCGGAGAGUCUGCAGCCAGACUACAGCGAACGGUUCUGUCACGUCAGUGAAAUUUUCCCAAAAGGAGGAGCCCUAGGGGAGGGGCCCGGAGGCUCCCCCAGCAGCCAGCAUAGCCCCUAUUGCCCCCCACCAUGUUACACCUUGAAACCUGAGUCCUGAUACCCGGACAGAACUCCGGGGUCCUAUAGCCCCACGGCUGUACUAACUUCCCCUCAUUCGAUCAAUGUGGGUCCAAUGUUCGCCUCACCCUUCUGUGGCUGAUUUUGAACUUUGUGCCCGCCCCUUCAUUUAGUAACUCCUAGUUGAGAAUUGUUCCUAUGCCCUAUACUUGUUUUCCAUCUCCUCCAGUUGGCCCUUCCUUUGCUCAGGAUUCUCUCCUUAUGUACCUCCCUUCCCUUUUUCCAUUUACCUUCAAUUGUU